CUGAUUUUUCGAAACCUAAUCAAUCGGCAUUAAUAAGGAUUGGGAGAAUGAAAAUAAGGAACUUAUAUAAAGGUGAAGAAAACUUGAUUUCAAGAGCUGCCAUUAAUCUCUUUUUAAGUACAAAUUCAAGAUGGGUCGCGGAAAGCUAUGUAUGGAACGGAUAAGCAAUGACAAGAGUCGAAUGCUAACCUAUCAAAAGCGCAAGAAAGGCUUAAUGAAGAAGGCUUAUGAAUUUGGCACAUUGUGUGGUGUCGAUGUCUGCGUGAUCAUCCACGGGCCUAUGCUUGAAGACCAUCAUGCAGAGGUGGAGACAUGGCCUAAGAAUCCUAAUGAAGUUAAAGGCAUCAUCGACAAGUACAGGUCGGUAGAAGAUGAAGACUUGCGGGGGAAGAAAACCCAAGACUUAUCUGAUUUUUUCGACAUUCGUAGAAAGAAAGUAGAGGAUGAGAUUGCCAAGCUUCAGUUGGCUAACAUGGAAUCAAAGUUUCCAAAGUGGGAUGAUCGCCUUGAUCGUUAUUCACUUGACCAUCUUAGAGUUCUUGAAGCUGUUUUUGAAGCUAAGCUUGAAGCUGCAAAUAGCAGGCUUUUGAUGUUAAAGAGCGAGAAUCUCUUUAUUGAAGAUUAUAACAGGCCAAGAACCUUAUUGGGUGGUUCAAAUAAUCUUCAAUUGAGCCUCAUAAGGCCUCCUCAGCAGCAGAGUAUUGUACCUUAUGUGAAGCCACUUGACCUGCAACUUCCCUCGUACUACCAAUCUGAUUAUCAGGCUCCCCGUUUCAGCGAUUCCAACGACAACUGUUCCAUGAUGAUGCUGCUUAUGGAAGGCGAAGAGUUGGACGAAUUUGGUGGCUGCAGCACUUCCGGUGGCUACAUCCCAUAUGCACCAUCUAAUACCAGUUCUGCUUAUUAUGAUCAUAAUUCAGCAACAGAGAUCAAUAAUGUGAUGUUCAACACUCCGAUGCCUCUCUCAACGGGCUAUUAUGAUCCAGAAGCUAAUCAGCAUAUGCUACCUUACCACCAGCAUUUGACCAUGAAUAGUGGUUCUUCCCAAUUCCAACCCUCUCAGUUCUCAGACUUCUGCAAUGUCAAUGCUUAUGAGAUGGAGAUGGAUGACCAGCAACAGAAGUUUUAGCAUUGCUUUCUCACUGUCUUUUCAUAUUUGCUUUGUGUAUUUCUUUUUUGAACAUGCUUUGCUUUCUCUUAGUAAUGAAUCUUUUGUUAUUUACUAUAGCCCACCAGUUUGUCAACAAAUGUUGAUA